GUCAAAAAAGCCCUUCUGAAUGGUUUAAGAGCCGAAAAACUAGUGAAAUAUUUUAUUGUUCUGAAAAGAAAAGGGAGACAAAGCAUAGAAGAAAUUAUACUGCAAUAUUCGGGUGAGAAGACCAGAUGUGCAGUUUUCUCCCAAGUUUUCCUGUUCCCUACAGAAAUAUCUCAUUGGAUAUCAAGGAAAACCAGACAGAUAUAGUUAUUUGCAGCUAUGAUGAUCAUUUCCUUGAAUACCUUCAGGUUAUGGCAACUCAAAUAGGAAGUAUGGGGACAAUACUACAUGCAAGGAAGGAAGAAGGGGUAUCCGUCCAACCAAACUUUAAUGUUUCAGUAGUGAUUGGCAGAAGGGAUGAGCCAAUGCUAGUGGCAAGCGCUCGUCAGCUAAUUGAACAUAUAAGUUGCUCUGGCUGUUCCAAGCCUCUAGUGUUUUCACUCGGUCUUAAAGACCAUUCUGUGGAGACACUGAAAGGAGUUGUUGCUGCAGUGAUCAAGAACCGCCUUUGGUGACCAAAUUGCUGCAAAUCAUUCAGAUUUGGCUUUGCAGUUUGUACCUUCAGAUUUUUAUUUACAUCUCUGAGAUCCUUACAACAUUUUCUUGGAUUUUGUUUAUGCUAAAUACUAAAUAUGUCUUCUGUUUGGUAAGAUGUAUCUGAGAUAUAAAGAAAACACUUCCAUGUUGAGCGUCACACCA